CAGUGUGCUGUGCAUAGAUAAGCACAGCCAAUGUAAUAUAGGUGCUGUGUGGGUUUCUGAUGUUUUGUUAAUUACACCGACCGUUUCGUAAUAUAAUUUUUGUUGGUUUUUUUUUUUUCAAUUCAGUUGUUAUUUUAUAAAACGAGGACUUCCAAUAUAAUACGUAAUGCACACAGAUUUAUCAGCACAUUUACAUACAGACGAAUGUAACGUCCUUAUAAAAUUACUUCAGGACUGUCACGCAGAGCAUUCGUUUCGAAAGUUUUUUGGCUAUUGCAAUGACGAAGAUCGACAAAUGAGAAAAUGUUUAAAAGGUGAGAGAUUGCGGCGUCAAAAAGCAAAUAAUGAUGAAGCUGUGAAGAAACAUGCCACAAUACGUGCCAGAAUUUUAGCACAACAACAGCAGCAACAACAGCAGCAACAACAGCAUUAGUAGUAACAUUUGUUUCUUUUCCUUAC